GUCGUCAUGGAGCUGAAGACGGGUGUUUCCAAACAGGACAUUCGUGAACAGAUUUGGGACUACAUGGAAUCACAAAAUUUAGCUGAUUUUCCCCGGCCUGUUCAUCACAGGAUUCCCAACUUCAAGGGCUCUUAUCUGGCUUGCCAAAACAUCAGAGACCUAGAAGUUUUUGCCAGAAUGCAGGAAGUUAAAGUGGACCCCGAUAAACCGCUGGAAGGUGUUCGGCUGCUGGCGCUGCAGAGCAAAAAAACAUUGUUGGUCCCAACACCACGACUGAGAACGGGGUUAUUUAAUAAGAUCACACCACCUCCCGGGGCAACUAAAGACAUCUUGAGGAAAUGUGCUACCUCUCAGGGCGUGAGGAACUACAGCACUCCUGUGGGCUUGGAUUCCAGGGUUCUUGUGGACUUAGUUGUGGUGGGGUCCGUUGCUGUUUCUGAAAAAGGCUGGAGAAUUGGGAAGGGAGAAGGUUACGCUGAUCUGGAAUAUGCCAUGAUGGUGUCAAUGGGAGCGGUCAGCCAGGGGACGCCCGUGGUCACCAUCGUCCAUGACUGCCAGGUCAUCGACAUACCUGAAGCGCUGCUUGAAGACCACGACCUAACAGUGGACUACAUUCUCACUCCGACGAGAGUCAUUGCCACGGGGUGCGAGCGCCCAAAACCAACGGGAAUCUUGUGGUCCAAGAUCAGCUGUGAGGUGAUGGGGAAAAUCCCAAUACUCAGAAGCCUUCGUUACCGAGAGAGGCAGGCUGGGAAAGAUGUCUCCCUUCAGGAUGAGCCCCGGCACCUUCUGGGAACCGGCAGCCAGCAGCCACCUCCCCUGAGCACUGUCAGAAGACCGCAGGACCCACACCAGCCCGAAUCCUGUUCGGGGCAGGGGGAGGAUGGGCCUUCUAACACUGUUUACAUUGGGAACCUUCCCCGGGAUGCCCGAGUGAGUGAGCUGAAGAAAGCCCUCCGAGAACUGGGUGCAGUCCCUCAGAGGCUCACGUGGCAGGGGCCACAGCGCAGGGCCUUCCUUCACUACAAGGCCCCCACCUCAGCCCAGCAGGCUGUCUCCUGCUUGCAGGGCUUGCGCCUGGGUGCUGCCACCUUGAAGGUGGCACUGGCCAGGCAGCAGAAGGCCGGCGACGAGACAGGCGGCCGUGCAGACGAGCCGUACCCUGACUGUCACUCGGCUGUCUCAGACCUGUGA